AUGGCAGGACUCUCAUCAAUCUCCGUAACACUCAAACCACUCAACCGAGCUUUCUCCUCCUCUAACUCCCGCCACAACCACACUACAUCCGACGCCGUUUUCCCUCCAUCUCUCCGAUUUAACGGAUUUAAACAGCGCAAGAUCCUCACCGUCUGUUUCGUCGUCGACGAUCGGAAACAGAGCUCUCCCAUGGACGACAGACCGGAAAGCACGAGCUCUUCUGAGACCUUGGCGACGUCGCGGCGUCUACAGAAAGCGGAGAGGAAGAAAUCGGAGAGAUUCACUUAUCUAAUCGCGGCUGUGAUGUCGAGCUUUGGUAUUACUUCCAUGGCUAUCAUGGCCGUUUAUUACCGAUUUUCCUGGCAAAUGGAGGGAGGUCAAGUGCCUGUAUCAGAAAUGUUAGGUACAUUUGCUCUCUCCGUUGGUGCCGCCGUUGGGAUGGAGUUUUGGGCAAGAUGGGCACAUAGAGCUUUGUGGCACGCUUCUUUGUGGAACAUGCAUGAGUCUCAUCAUAAACCUAGAGAAGGAGCGUUUGAGUUAAACGAUGUGUUUGCAAUAAUAAACGCGGUUCCUGCGAUUGGUCUUCUCUAUUAUGGAUUCUUCAAUAAAGGACUUGUCUCUGGUCUUUGCUUCGGUGCCGGACUGGGAAUAACGACGUUUGGGAUCGCCUACAUGUUCGUCCACGAUGGACUCGUGCACAAGAGAUUCCCUGUGGGUCCUAUUGCCGACGUCCCUUACUUCCGAAAGGUCGCCGCCGCUCACCAGCUACACCACACAGACAAAUUCAAGGGUGUACCAUAUGGGCUGUUUCUUGGACCCAAGGAAGUGGAAGAAGUGGGAGGAAAAGAAGAGUUGGAGAAAGAGAUUAACCGGAGAAUCAAAUUGUACAACAAAAGUUCCACCUCUUAA